UAGCUUCUUCCCUGUUUGUGAAUUCGAACUGACGAAGACACGUUUCGUCAAACUGACCCCGAUACUUUGAAUAAACUACAAGACAUCACCUUCCUCACAUGCAGGUGCGUCUGUCCUCCUGCAUCCUCAUGACUCGUGUCUUCGUCUACGGCACCCUGAAGAAGGGUCAACCCAACAACUACCGCAUGUUCGACAGCUCCAACGGUAAGGCGGAGUUCCUCGCCUCGGCCUGCACCGUCCAGAAAUACCCGCUGGUGAUCGCCACCAAAUCCAACAUCCCGUUCUUACUCGACCUCCCCGGCCAGGGCAGCCGGGUCCGAGGAGAGAUCUACAAGGUGGACGACGAGAUGCUGGACUUCCUGGACGACUUUGAGAGUUGCCCCGCCAUGUACCAGCGGACUCUGGUGAAGCUGGAGGUGGAGGAGUGGAUGGGGGAGGAGAAGGGGGAGGAGAAGCCGGCAGCAGGGAGCAUCACGGAGGCGUUUGUGUACAGCACAAACACGUACCAGCCGGACUGGCCCACGCUGCCUUGCUACGGGAACUAUGACUCGCAUGGAGACCACGGGCUGGAGUAUGAGACCAGAGAGUCACGAGACCGACACAGCAAAUAACAGAAAUAAGAUCUAUUAAACACUAAUCCCUCUCUGUGUAUCUGAAUCCAGCUCCUUCAGAAUGUACUGUCUCUUUAAAACAAUCUUAAUGUUUACUUUAUUAACAACAGGCAGGUUGAGUUUUCUUAACGUCAACACUGUUUUAUUUAACUUGAUUUAUUUCCUU